AUGCGCAGGACCAAUGCAACAGAGUUUGAUUUUCCUUCUCUGAUAUUUGAUGACCCGGACUUCAACUACCUCGAAUCUCGCGAAAUGUUCCUUGCGAUCACGGACGACUGCAGUGAGCAUUUAACUGGAGUUAAGCUCCACCCAGUCCAUGUCUCUCUGGAAGGGAAGAAGGCCAUGCUGGAACAACGCUUCAAGGUGAAACAGCUAAAGCAUGCCCUGCAGUCAGCAUCUAAGAUGGAUGAAAAGUAUUUCAAAGAGCAGUAUCGGCUUAUGAACGGGAACGACAUCAAGCACGUCCCGGUGGUGGAACUCCACGUGUUUCCGUCAGACCCGCGAAAUGUGACAUCAAUUUGGCAGGUCUUGAUUGUUCCUCGUGCACGUGAAGUCUUUGGUCGGCAUUUGUUCCUUUGCAAAGCAGAGAACCAAUGUGUGGCAGAUAUGCACUUCGAACCCUUGCCAUGGCGUUUGCAGACCUGGCUUGGAGGAUGGGAUUCAGAUCUCGACAUGCGCAGGUCCACCCCCACAGAGUUGAUCCUCUUCACAGAGAUAGCUGUGAUCGCAGGCUUGGCACUGCUACUUGGCAGCCUCUGUGGAGUCGGAAUCCUGUGGUGGCAAAAACGGCGGCAACAAGCACCGGUGACCCAAGCUGCCGCGAUACAUGAGAAGCUCUUGAAGGAAGACUUGUCCAAGGAGGCAUGUGAUACGACUGCUUCAAGCGAUGAACUGAAUGCGGGUACGAAAGUGGAGCUGCUCGGAGUGCAGCUCGCCGCGAGAAGAUCUACCUGGAAGGCAGUCUCAGGUUUAGAUCUCUACGAGAUCUUUUGCCAAAUAUGCGGCCAGCCCAAUUCCGCAGUCUGGGGCUUGAUCCGCGCGAAGGAGGUUGAGCAGGGCAGUGGCUGGGCAGUUCUCUAUGAUGAAACCGUUGGUCUCGAGCUGCUUGUAACUGGCCCACAGCCAGCCAAAUAUCAGGCCCCGGACGUUCUAGUGCCGACAAUGAUCAACUUCAUGACGAGAACCUUGACCUUGCUUGUUUCAUACUUGUCGGCACUAUGGAUGCUUCUGGAAUGCAUGCGAGCAUGGUUUGGUUGGCGAUCCUUCCUGCUCAUGGCUGCCUGCCUCCUGGCCAUGCAUGUGCUUGUGUUGAUAAUGCGAGGCCGAUCCUUCCUCCUGGGCUUGGAUUAUGAAGAAGUGCUCGAAUCUCGUCAACUGCUUCGCCUGGGGAAUGGGCAGGCGUGGAGCUUCAGCACCUUCCUAGCUUUGCUGGCAGUCGUUGUCAGCAUGCUUAUGCUGUACGCUCCCCUCGAGUUGGCUUCUCUUCCAGCCUGUGUGACGUUUGCAGUAUUUCUUGCUCUGCAUGUCCAGUCUGCGGAUGCUGCCACGUCUGCUCUUGAAAGCUGGCGGGCACCUCAAAUGGAGCGCUUCGAGUUCCUGUGCGUCAACACAGAGCAGUUCGGCAUCACGGAUCGAAGGCCCUCGCAGCUCUCGCGGUCAAGGGCUUUUCGGCGGCUGGCUGUUCAAGGCAUCGUUAUUUUCACGCUGGCAGUGGUGCUGGUGCUUUAUCGGGAUUCCUGUCAGAUGCGUGGGGAGCUCGUGCACUACAGUUGGAGCCGCGGAUAUUUGGUGUAUCCUUCAGAGGCUCAGGCUGUGCACAACACCUUGCUCCUUGACAUUCGGGCGGACUCCUUGGAACUAAGUCUUCAAAAGGGCAAGCACACACGUUCGGUGACCGUCACGGUUGAGCACCCAGGCUUGUCAGACCGUUUCCCUACCAGUAUCGAAGAGCAAUCGUCAGGAGACUGCCAAAUCUCUCUGCCAAGGGGUCCUUCUUACAGCCGAGUUUCGGUUGAUGCACUUGGUGACUUUGUGAACACUACGUAUGUCACGCAUAUUCUUCGGAUUGGAGAGGCCGUAACGGUCUCAAUGUCGAGCCCAAUGAUGCAUCACAGUGAAGACAGCCCUGCAUCCCACAGUUUUCAGGAAGAGCGGCGGUUGGCAUUUCAACUCGCGAAUCCCGUGUGGAACGUGCCCGACAUUGACAUGGCAACCAACUCCACAGUGCAGGUGGGGUGGCGUCCAGCCGUUCUUGCACCGCUCAGGCCGGGCCUGCAUGGCGCUGUGAUGCCACAUGUCGGCACAUCAUGUGUUUGCACGGAUGUGCCCGGCUUCGGCCGAUGUGCAGUGGAAGAAGCCGUUCGAGCGAGUGAAGCAGCGCCGAGUUUAUGCAUCUUCCAGGAAGAGGCGAUGUCAGAAGUGCGCCCGUUUCAAUCAGAGUCCAGCAUCGCUGGAAAUGAAUCAGACAUCCUGGAGUGGUUGCAAAAUGUCUCAGUCAGCGGAAAGUCUGUGAGCCUUCUAGCAAGCCCCGAAGGCCGUGAAGUGGACAUGGAGACCGCAAUACCAUUCACUGUCAUGAACGACAGCAGGGUGAACACCAGCAUCGAAAGUAUCUUUCAGGUAUCACUUCCUGCAACAUGGUUGACUGGAGAGGGUACACGCAUAAUUGCGAGCUUCACCGAAGACCCGACGGAUGUUGAGGUCACUGACAUUCCUGUGAUGGUCGUACCCUAUGCCCCCCAAGUCACGCUUCGCUUUCCAAGCAGCGCCGGCGAAGCUUUCUUGCUUCCAGAGGCGUCAGCCACGUCUGACCAAUACUAUGUUCUUUGCGGUGGGAGGGCCGUCAACAUGAGUCUGUUGCGCUCCGACAUAUCGGAUGUUCGUUUCUCUACGCGGCUUCUGCAAGGGAAGGGCGGUCUAAACUGCAACCGUGCGACUGACCGGGAAGAGUGGCUGGAGCUAAAAGCAGUCCGCAAGAACAAUUCAUGCACAGGUGAGUGCCCGCAGUACAGAACCAGAGGUGAAGGCUACGACAUUCGCGUGGUCAGAUCGCCCGACACCUGUCUGGAAGAGGCCAUUAAAUUGAAGAAUAUGUCUGCGGUGCUGCUGGUCUUGCAAAGCAUGGUCACGAAGAACAGCCCCUGUUACAAUGAUUUCGGCUUGUGGGACUUUGCCCUCAGCUUGGAGCAUACAGGUGAUUGGGAGAGCUCUGUUGAGCAACUCAUGCAGGAAAUGGACCCGAACCAAAUGUAUCGAGAUGAGACACCACUUCAAGCGGCUGCGGCCAGAGGAGAUGUUGCGGCGAUGCGUCUGCUUCUCUCGGACGACAGGGUCAGGAAGGAGGUGGACAAGCAGAACAGCAAGAAUGAGACGGCCUUGAUGCUUGCCAGCGAUUCCUGCCAUUUGGAGAUCAUUCAGCUUUUAAUACAGCACGGUGCGCGGGUCAACUUGUUUCGCCAAAAGCGAGGGAACAACGCUGAGAAAAAGCUGAAUUGUGAAGCCGGACCAACACCACUGGUGUCAAUGCUGGCGAGUGACUAUCGUAGAGUACCAAGUUGUAACGACGGUGAUGGAGACGGUGCCCAGAUGAGCAAAGUCAUGAAGGUACUGGAAGAGAACGGGACCGCCCUGAACACAUCCGACUGUGACUACAGAGGUUGGCUUUUGCAGCUGGCGUUCAGCCACCGCGACCCGCGCCUUCUCAAGAUCGUCCUGGAUGCUGGGUCAUCUCCGCAAGAUGCCGUGUUGCCAAUCGUCGCUUCGAUGUCUCGUACAUCUUACGAACCUGGCUUCCUCGGUGAGGCAGCAGGACUCCUGCUGCACGCUAAGAUGGACCCGACUCACGAAUACCGACCAAAGAAAACUCUACUUAGCAUGGCUGCCAGGUAUUGCCGUGUUGAGGUCGUACGGGAUCUCCUUGUGCCUCCGACUGUGCUGGAUAACGUGACCCGGAGCCUCUCAGAAAAGCAAAAUCGCGUUUGCAGCAGAAACAAUGCGUCCGCCAGCAAUGCCAUCGCUCGACUUCUUGAAGAUGGUGUGAAGGGGUCCUAG